UCCAUAUUCAUCUAUCUGGUUUUCUGUCUCAAAAGAUAAAAGUAAUGAUAUGAUAUGAUAAAUACAGUUGUACACCUCCUUUCCUCCCGGCUCACCCCACCUUCCCCACACACCCACACACACAUCAAAAUCAGAGACAGCUAAAGCUAGUCUAUGUUUGUAUGUAUGUAUAUAUUCACACACACUCGCACACACAUUAUAUAGUAACAAAGAUUUCCACACAGUAUUUAAGUACAAUUUCUUGAAUUCGGAAAACUGAACGAUACAUCAACACACAUACAAUUAUACAUAAAUUCAUUUAGCGCGCGCGCGUGUUUAGAGAGGCUUUUUGUAGGUAUAAGCUUUCGAGUUCUCGUUAAUCAAGAAAAUUUCUUGAGAUUGGAUUUCGAGACCCAAAGUUGUAAAUAAAUUUGUCUUUAUUCUGAGUUGCAGGGGUCAUUUAAUUUUGCUCUGGGAAGUGGCAAAAGGUGAAAUUACCAGUGGAGCAGUCUGCAGCCUAUGAAGGAAAGGGUCAUGUUGAACCAGAAAAAAGAAAAAGUGGAACCACAGAUUGGCAGAGGAAUGAGUAAUGCUGAGAAAAAAACUACCACAUGCCGGCUAGGCUUGAUUAGAGAAAGAAAGAUGGCAUUGCAAAAGGAUGUUGAUAAGCUAAAGAAACGACUCAGACAUGAAGAAAAUGUUCAUAGAGCUCUGGAAAGGGCCUUUACGAGACCACUCGGAGUUCUUCCUCGUCUCCCACCAUAUCUCCCGCCUGAUGUUAGCCUCAUGCUCGAGCUUUUGGCCGAGGUUGCUGUUUUGGAAGAAGAAAUCGUUCGACUUGAAGAAAAAGUUGUGCAUUUCAGGCAAGGACUGUAUCAGGAAGCUAUAUACAUUUCGUCAUCCAAGAAGAACAUUGAUAUUUCGGCUUCUCUUUCUUACCUUGGUUCGACUGGAGAUCUGAAACCAAAGCAAUUUAAGUUAUUUGGCCAUAUGGGAGCAAAUUCUUCUGCAGUUAUGGUGAAGAAUUCACCUUCUACUUCUGAUGAGAACCAGGGAAAUGAGAACUAUUCUGGUACAAAUUCCUUAAAAACCAAGCAGAAAUUACCCAAUUCAAAAUUACGCACAGUUAAAACACCAGCCAGAAAGCUUUCCGUUGAAUCCAGAUCAGUUGAUAGGCGUUUAGAUCCUAAGAAGUUACAGCUGGAGAACUGUGUAAAGGAGGACCAUGAGGGUUCCAAAAUGAUACCAUCUGUCACCGACAGUCCAAAUAUGAUUUCCGAAAACAUUUUAAAAUGUUUGAUGAACAUUUUCUUGCGAAUGUGCGGAAAAAGGAGUAGGAGUACUACAGAAACUUUACCUUUACUGUCAACGCCGAAUUUUUCAGAAAAGUUGGCAGAGACUAAGGAUCCUUAUCGCAUUUGUUCGAGGUUUGGGAAGAGAGACAUUGGUCCAUAUGUGCAUUUAUAUGAAGUUAAAGCUACUUCAAUCAAUCCGAAUCAAACGACAGUAUCUAUAUUCCUAGUUCAAAGAUUAAAGCUUCUCUUUGAGAAACUUGCUUCCGUUGAGCUGAAGGGCCUCACCCAUCAAGAAAAGCUUGCUUUUUGGAUAAACAUCUACAAUUCUUGCAUGAUGAAUGCAUUUAUUGAGUAUGGCAUUCCAGAGAGCCCUGAAGUUGUUGUAGCACUAAUGCAAAAGGCAACGGUGAAUGUUGGUGGACACAUUCUAAGUGCAAUAACAAUUGAGCAUUUCAUAUUGAGACUGCCUUAUCACUUAAACUCCGCUUUCACUAAAGGUGCAAAAUACGAUGAGAUGACAACAAGAAACAUGUUUGGCUUGGAAUUAUCUGAACCCUUGGUAACGUUUGCACUUUCUUGUGGAAGCUGGUCUUCCCCUGCUGUGCGGGUGUACACUGCUUCUCAAGUUGAAAACCAGCUGGAAACAGCUAAAAGAGAGUAUAUACAAGCAGCCAUUGGAAUCUCAACAACUCGAAAGCUUUUAGCCUUACCAAAGUUGUUGGAUUGGUAUCUUCUCGACUUUGCCAAGGAUAUAGAGUCGUUAUUGGACUGGGUUUGCCUCCAAUUGCCACACGAACUUGGAAAAGAAGCAAUGAAAUGCAUAGAGAGGAAGAAAGACGAGCCUCUGGGGCGCUACUUUCAGAUAAUGCCAAGCGAUUGGGAUCGGACGAGUGCUUGCCAAGUUCCAGACUUGGGCGGUUGGCCCGUGCUCACAAACACUAGGUCGAGUAUUUUUUGUAACACCUCUAUAAACAAGAUAUUUGAAUCGAUGUAUCAUGAUUCUGAAUCGGACUUGGAUAUGUUUCUAGUUUUCUACUCGAAUCAGUGUUUGCGUUUGAAAUAUGUCGAUUCACCAAGCAGGGUGAAGCUAGUUUUCUACUCGAAUCAGUGUUUGCGUUUGAAGUAUGUCGAUUCACCAAGCAGAGUGAAGAAACAAUGGUGGCGUCAGAUGAAUGUAGUUUCAUCUAUUGAUUGUGAAUAG